CAUGGAUUGGAGUUGAGGCCUUGGGGAACUUCUCUCCAGAGGACCCUAACUCCAGGUGAGAUUCAAGUUGACAUCAAUGGAGAAUAGCACGGAAACGACAGAGUUCAUUCUCUUGGGAUUAACAGAUGAGCCCAGCCUGCAGGUUCCUCUGUUCCUGGUAUUUUUAUUCAUCUACCUCAUCACUGUGGUGGGGAAUGGGGCGAUGAUAGUGAUCAUUCACUCGGACUCCCACCUGCACACCCCCAUGUACCUCUUCCUCAGUAACCUCUCCUUUGUCGAUCUGGGCUACUCCUCAGCUGUGGCCCCCAGGGUGCUGGCUGCCUUGCAGUCAGGAGACAAGGCGAUCUCCUACAACGGCUGUGCCGCUCAGUUCUUCUUCUUCGUGGGCUUCACCACCGUUGAGUGCUACCUUCUGGCUUCCAUGGCUUAUGACCGCCACGCAGCAGUGUGCAGACCUCUCCACUGCACCACCACCAUGACAGCAGGAGUGUGCACCUUCCUGACGGUCGGUUCCUAUGUCUGUGGCUUCCUCAAUGCCUCAAUCCACACAGUGGACACCUUCAGACUCUCCUUCUGUGGGUCUAACGAAGUUAAUCAUUUCUUCUGCGACAUCCCCCCACUCCUGGCUCUUGCAUGCUCCAACACUUGCAUCAGCGAGCUGGUUGUGUUCUUUGUUGUGGGCUUUAACGUCUUCUUCACCCUCCUCGUCAUCCUCAUCUCUUACCUCUUCAUAUACGUUGCCAUUCAAAGCAUGCGUUCUGCCGAGGGAUGGAAGAAGGCCUUCUCCACCUGUGCUUCCCAUCUCACCACCGUGUCCAUCUUCUACGGCACCAUCAUCUUCAUGUACCUGCAGCCUGGCUCCGGGCAGGCCAUGGACACGGCCAAAAUCGCCUCUGUGUUCUACACUGUAGUCAUCCCCAUGCUGAACCCCCUGAUCUACAGCCUGAGGAACAAAGAAGUGAAAAGUGCUCUUUGGAGAAUACUUUACAGACUUCACCCUUAA